UAAAUGCACGUGGAACAUUGUAAACAUUCCCGUGCCACUCUUUAUCCCUUACCGAUAUACAGCUACUGUAAAAGCCAAAGAUAACGGUAAUAUCAUGUAUGACUGUGUUUGAAUGUUGAAAAAGGAAUCAUGUAGAAGUAUAAAGCUCAAAACUUAAUUUUAAAUGCUUCAUCAUUUAAAAAUAGGUCAUCUUUUAAUAUUUUCUUGCCCCAGGUGAAACAAAAUGCAGGACCAGGACUAGUAGGUCACGACACUGGCUCGGAGAGCAAGGUGGUGCAGACGAUGCAAGCCGCAUGUAGGUCCUUUGGGUCAAGAGGCUAAAGUGUUACAGACAAUAAUUACAGCCUUACCAGAGGAGUGCCGCUGUUAUCAGGCCGGGAUCAGACCUCCAUUCGUGACUUGACUCGAUAUUGUGUUGAAAAAUAGAUUACCCGCAACUCUUAUCGCACCUACCGUUCUUAUCCUUUCUCAUAUGAAUGGCAAUUGUAAAUUUCUCACUUAUGAGGAUUACCUUUAUCAGGAGAAACAUGCGUAAGACACCUAAGUAUAUUUGGGAGAUCAUCAGUGUGCUGGCAGUGUCUGGAGUGUUAUAGAGUGUUCUCUCCGAUCAAAGGAAACAACAGCAAUGGAGGGAAAGUUAAAGUUAUUAAUGAUGGCUGCACUGACGCUGCUGGUGGCCUUGACGUCCCAUGCCUUUCCUGCCACCUUCAAGGACCCCAUCAAUCCCGCGAAGCCCGUGGUGUGGGUGAAGAGUAAUGGAUAUCGAAAUGUGACGGUGGGAAUACGGGAUGACUUGCUGGAGGGCGACUGUGAGAUGUUCGUGGACGGCCUUAAGGCUGUGACACGGGAAGCAUCACGGCUGCUUCACCAAGUCACGCACGGGACGUUAUACUUCGAAGAGGUGACCAUAUUGCUUCCCUCGACUUGGGCGUGCACGAGUGUUCCACCCAAACCCUCCGUCCCCAUGACGUGGCGUGAAGCUCAUAUCAUUGUCGGUCCUACCCAUCCAGUUUUCAGGGACGCCCCGUGGACGCAGCAGCCUCGAGGAUGUGGCCAGGAAGGAGACUUUAUCUACCUUACUGAAACGUGGCUUAAAAGUUACCAACAGCACGCCGAUGAGAACAGCGCCAAGGAGCUAGUGGCGCAGUGGGCCCGCUUUCGCUGGGGAGUGUUUGGAGAGGAGGGUUACUUGGGAGAUCUCGUGCACCCGCCCUCAUACCUCCUUAAUGCUUCCUCCCAAUCUCGGAAUCCCACGCUCUGCCACAAUGGCGAUCUUCAAGGCGAUUUUAGUGGGAGCUGUGAGAAGGAAGACUCAGCCAACUGCAGCUUCUCCAUCAACACAGCGGCAAGCAGCAAUGUGACGUCCUCACUCAUGGCACUUCCAAGCCUUCUGUCUGUAUUGGAAUUUUGUGAUGAGGACACCCACAAUGCAGCAGUGCCCACCAAGCAUAACCUGAUGUGUGGUGGCUCCAGUGUUUGGCAGGUCAUCAGUAGACACCCAGAUCUUUCUGGAAGAAAAGAAUGGCUGGGAGAUGUUGAGCCCACAUUCAGAGUGCAGAGGGCAGAGGACAACACUCAGCCAUCACAUGUUGAUAUGGUCUUAGUUCUGCAGUAUACUUCAACCAUGUCCCAGACAUUAAGCCGGUGGAAGUUUUUGCGAGAUGCUGUCAGAAAAUUUUUGCUAGUGGAGGCACCAAAAGGAACAAAGAUUGGAUUGGUAACACUGACAGACUCUGCUGCUACACUUGCAGGUUUGACCACUUUAACAGAUGCUGCCUCCAGACUAAGCCUGGCAAACAAAGUUCCAGAGAACCCACCCACUAUUAGUGCCACUAAGAACCUUGAGGCAGGCAUUAUUGAGGCAGUUAAUAUAUUGGAUGGCAAUGGGUUGGUGGUACUUGUGGUAGAAAACCUCAGCAACCACACAAGUGAAAUAUCAGAGAAUCUGGUGGCAGCUGCAGGAAACACUUCAGUAUGGGCUGUGUUGUACCCACACCUCCCCUCAGUCAGCACCUCAUUGUAUCAGGAUCUCGUUGAUUCCACUAAUGGGUCACUCCUGACAGUCGUCAAUCCAUAUGGCCCCAUGUACCAGAGCGUGGAUGACCUGGUGGCCCUGAACAAUCAAUUACGAACUAUUCUAAGUGCCACACUGGAGCCCCACUCAGUCUGGAUGAAGAAAGAUGAAGCCCUCUGUCUGGCGAGCUGCUCCUUGACUCUGCAAGUUGAUGAUGAAAUUAACUACCGAUCAGAGGUCAUUCUUGAGCUAUCUUUCUUAUUCUUUGAUGCUGCCGGGCUUAAAAGCAUAGAAAUGAAGGCACCAGAUGGAACAGUCCUCACACCUUCAGCUGUGGAUAGUAAAUAUGAGACCAUCAGGCACCAUUUCUAUACCCAAGCACAGGUGCAGCAGACUGGAAACUACACAGUGGUGAUAGAGCGACUGACCUAUGUGGAUGGUGUCAUGGUGUCACUGCUGGUGAUGCCCCGCCCACCUGUGCUUCCUGUUGUGUGGGCCUCUGAGCCUCUCCAGGAGCUGCAUCAGUCUAACUCCUCAGUUCCUACUCUCUUUGUGCAGUUAUGGCAAGGGGAAUGCUAUCUUGUAAAAGCAGCAGUUACUGCCACCAUUUCCUUUUCUGGUGCCAAUGUCACUCUCAUGCUCAGAGAUGAUGGAACAAGAGGUGAUGUCACAGGUGGAGAUGGAAUAUACUCCGGAGUGAUUAUAGGUGUGGAUGGGCAGGCUGAAGUGAAUAUAGUAGCUCAUGGCAAUGGAGGUGCAGCCCUCCUGGUUGGCUCCUACUCCUCACUUACCCUAUCAACCUCUGACAAAACUUUGAAAAGCAGUAGCCAGGUGUGCUGUGGAAGCCAGAUUGACUUGUCACAGGUAAAAACUGAAGCAGCUGGAUCCUUCUAUCUGUCUUCAUCAGUGGAAGCCACAUUCCUGGAUCAACCAGCAGGUGACCUUCCUCCGGGUCGUAUCACUGACCUAAGUGUGCAGUACUCAGCUGACAGCCUGAGUCUUCACUUCACAGCUUCAGGAGAAGAUUAUUAUAAUGGUGAAGCGGUGGCUUAUGAAGUAACUCGCCAGACCUCAUUGACCAGUGAGCCUGUGGUUGAGGUGUUCAGUGCUCCACCAGCUACAGCAAAUUCUCAGAUUACUCUUAUGCUUCCACAAAAUGAGUGUGAUGUCCUAUAUGUGUUCAGUGUCUGUGCCUUGGAUGCUGCUAAUACCAAGAGUGAAGUAUCCAAUGAAGUAAGAUUUGUGAUUCCUUGUGGUUUUACUACAAAUGGUCCUCAAACAACAGCUUCAGAUUCAGCAAGUGAAACCCCCACAGAUGUAUCUACUCCAACAUUUCACACAACCUCAGGAUCAGACUCUUCAACAGAUGAGAGCUCCACAGCUGUCUCUCACUCUACACCUCAAACAGCAGCCUCAGAUUCCUCAACAAGUGAAAUGUCCACAUUGGUCUCUACUUCUACACCUCCAACGUCAUCCUCAGUACCAGAUUCCUCGACAGCUGAAACUUCAACACAGGUCUCCACUUUUACAGCUCAGAUAUCAACCUCAGUAUCAGCUUCCACAACAGCUGAAAGCACCACAGUUGUCUCCUCUCCUACAACUCAGACAACAACCUCAGUGUCUUUUUCAACAACAGAUAAAGCUUCCACAGUUUCCUCUACUUCUGCACCUCAAACAACCACUUCAGUACUAGAUUCUUCAACAGCUAAAACAUCCACACCUCUCAUUUCCUCUACAACUUGGAAUACUACAAAGACAGAUGCCAUUCCAACGACUGCUUCAACCUCCUCUACAACAGAAGCCUCCAGUCCAUCUUCAGAGAACAAACUUGGCAUCUUCCUAGGAAGUGUAUUUGGAGGUCUUCUGUUUCUUGCCUUGGCAGGCAUUUCGGCUGAAUAUAUUUACUCAAGGGUGUCCUCAAAAAUCAGGAAAAGGAGGUCAUAAUGUAAGCAAAAUAUACAUAAUUCUUAUACAGGUACAUAAUCUCUUAUCUGAAAUUUUGAAAGCCAAGAAAUUCCAUGGAUGUCAUCUGCUCAAUAAAGCACUUUUUUUUUUCUUUUCCAAGACACUGCUAAAAACCUA